UUUCUUUUAUUAUUAUUUGUUUGUGUUUAUUUCAUUAAAAAAAAUGCCUAAUAGACGAAAAUCAAGCGGACCUAGAUCAACACCUAAACUGUUUAAAUGUACAGGCUACGGUGACUGUAAUAUGGUUUUCACAAGAAGCGAGCAUUUAGCAAGACAUGAAAGAAAACAUACAGGAGAGAAACCUUAUAAAUGUAUUGUUCCUGGUUGCGAAAGAAUGUUUAGUAGAUUCGAUAAUAUGAUGCAACAUACUCAAACCCAUGACAAAUCUAGAAAAGGUGGAAAUUCUCGUUCUGCAACAGUAAAAGGUACUAAAGUUUCUUCUGUCAAAAAAGAACAUUCAGUAACAUCAUCAGCAAUUAAUAAUCAACAGUCCGAAUCGUCGUUAACAUCCUCUAUUAUUCAUAGUCGAACUUUACCACUUCCUACAAGAAAAGUUUCUAUCUCAUCUGAGCAUUCUAUGUUAUUCCCUCCUAUGCAACUUCCACCACCACAACCAUCAUCAUCAUCAUCAUUAUCGAAUCAUCCCUAUCCUAUUUGUAAUAGCACUGCUACUCGUAGCCGAUAUUCCUGGCCAAUUAGAAGAGAAUCAUAUCCCUACUGUCAUUAUUAUCGCCACCUACCUUCUUAUCAUGAAGAUUAUUCCUAUAUCCGCCGUAGAUCAUCCACUUCAACUUCAUCUUCUGAAUCAACUCUAGUAUCGCCUAUUCAACGAGAUGAGCCCGAAAUUACCAGAAGAAGAAUAUCAAUUGAUGAUCUUCGAUUACCUAUUCAGGAUAUAAAGAAUAUUCAAUUAGAAGAAGAAAUUUCAAUAAAGAAGCCAAAUUAUGACAAAAGAAAGACAAUAGAUAUUACCCCUGACGAAUUUGAAGCACUAGAGGGUUUCAGUAGAUUCCAUACUAAAUCUGUCGUCGGUGUUCCUGCUCUUUCUUCGCCUACUACAGGUACAUAAUGAUGUAAAAAUUCAGUCUUAGUAGUAACAAGCUAUACUAAAUUUUAACUUUAUAAUAAUAAUAAUAAUAAUAAUAAUAAUAAUAAUAA